UCAUCAGACGCAAAAACGUUUCGUUCAAAAGUCGCGUUCGGUUGUGGUUGGUUAGUUGCUAGAGAAAAUCCACUUAAAUUAAGCGUAAAUCCGCGGCCGAAAGUGACCGAAAGCAGUGCCCGCUCCUGGCGGAAGAUUGCGAGACGUGAAAUGCACUGCGAGUAGCUGAAAUAAAUAGUCGGAAAUUGUCUACCAGAAGCGUUUUGCAUUCAGUCGUCUCAGUGAGGGGUCAAGGUAAACCGCGAACCGCAACCACCCUUCAGUCUUCUGCGUGUGCACUGCUUGCGGGGAAUAAUUGGAGAUACAAGGAACAAUGAAUCACAACAACCGGAAGUUCACGUCGUUCAGCGAUCUGAGUGUGACGAAUAUGAGCCGGACGCUCAGCAGUCCGGUGGCAGAGUCGACACACCUAGAAGGAUCGGGAAACAACCGGAGUGGUUUGUUUGCGAGCCCAGUCAAAGUGGUGGGCGCAAGUGUGAAGCGGAAACCCACCUCGCCGUUGCUCAACAGCCGAACCAGUUUCAAAAGUAGCGGCAAUCUUUCGUCGGUGGGAUUCGGCCGGAUAGAUUCACAGGUUUACACGGAUGCGCAAAGCCGAGGACUAGUUAACCGGCUGGUGAAGUACCAUGAUAGGACACAGUCGCCACUGAACCGGAGUCAGUCGAUGACCAGCAUCUACAGCAAGCCGGGUCAGUUUCCGGUGGUGCAUUUGAAGAAAACGGAGAUUAAGUACUCGCCCCGGCGAAACAAUUCUAUUACGUCGGUUCGGAUCGCUCCCCCGGAAAAGUCCGUUUUUCAGGCAAACACCCGGUCGAACAUCUUGAGGGCAGGAUCGUUGCUGAUUCCGGCGGAACCACAUUUAAAACAGUCCCGGGGUCCGGCGCCGGAGGAUGAAAUUGAUGCCGAAAAUAGGGUCAUAGCACCGACGACGGAAUUGGAAGCGGCACCGACGAGAAGCGUCCUGGAUGCAUUGAAGGAGAUUUCCCGGAAGAGGAUAAACAAUGAGGAGUUGGAUGCGGACAGGAUCAAGAAGCAGUGUAAGGAACUUUCGGAGGUGGAUUCCGGGGGUGGUGGCGGAACGAAACGAGCACGGGAACUCACGUCUUCGACUUCGCCACCUUUGAGAGGAUCCGGUGAACAGCAACUGCAGAAGAAGCGAUUGUGCUGCAAAAAUAAUGACAUUUUGAGUUCGUUGAGUUCCAGUCUGGUGAUGAGCACGCCGAAGCGAGUGGAACAUAUUCAACCGAAACCGGGCAGGUUGAAUGUGGAUCAGACUUUUUCCACGCCCAUGGCAACUGCGGUUGGAUUGAAUGCCACGGUGGCGACGGAGGGAAGAGUUGAAAGUCGAGAGCCGGUGAAGGUGAGCAGGUUGGAAUCGGCACCGUUGCCGCAGAUAGUGAGGAGUGUCCCGGAAAUUAUGCCGUCUAUAAGGCCGAAGCCAACGCAACCGAAGAUUACGUUGUUUAACAAGAAGUACGAUGAAACGGUGGUCAGGCCGGUGGUUAGUGACAGCGAAGAGCAGGAAGACGAAGAGGAACUGGGAGGACGGAUUAGCUUCAUCAAGCCGAAGGAUAAGUCACCCAUUUUGAACUGCAGUAAAGUCACUUUAAAGCAGGUUGAGAAGUCGAAGCUGUCGAUGAUUCUGAGUUGCUUGAGCGAGGACUUUGAUGAUGAAGAAGAGGAAGCACCGAAGAUGGCCCUGAAGGCUCCGAUUGUGGUAAAGGAUUCGGUCGAUGCGGUACCGCCGAAGAUUGAAGAGAAAAAAGUGGAAGUGGUGGUUUCCAAACCAAGUGGAAUCGCUGCCUUGAUCAGUGAACCCAUCAAAGAUCCCGGAUUAGGAAAGAUUGUGCCUCCUAAACCGGCGGAAGCGGUUAAAACGAGUGAGCCGUCAAAUAUAACCGGAGGAUUCAGUUUCGGAACACCUACCAAGUCGGACAAUAAUGCUACUUUCUCCUUCCAAACACCAACGAAAUCUACGACUCCGGUGGAAUCGAAACCGGCCGCAAAACAGGCCAGUGGUUUUUCUUUUGGAAGCACUCCAGCAACAGUCUCGAAAGCGGAUGCGCCUCCAGCGUACAGCUUCCCCUCGACAACCACUGCAACUUCAGCUCCUACACUGACUACUUCCGGUUUCGCUUUCACAUCAUCCGCACCAUCGUCGAUAAUCGCAACGCCGAAGACCACCCUGACAACUCCCAAUCUGAUCAGCUUCUCACCAGUUCCAAUAUCCAAAUCGGAAGCACCAAAGAGUGGCUUCUCGCUUCUACCAGCGAUUUCCACUAAUGCUUCUUCGGGAAGUCCUCAAAAUUCUUUCAGCAUCAGUCAGUCUACCAUCCCUACCUUCGGCAGUGGAUCCGGAUUCAGUGCUUUCAAGCCUCUUUCGCCGACUGGUUCAUCCGCGGCAGUUUCAACCAGUGCUUCCAAUCAUCCAUCGUUUGGAAGUGUUGCGGCAUCUACUACCGGCGUGACUGCUACCACUUCCGGUGGAGGUUUCGCAUUCGGGGCUUCGAACUUAAGGCCCACCAUCACCGCGGCAGCAGUGGCAACAACGACACCAUCAUCAACCACAAGUGCAUUCACGUUUGGAGGAGCAACUUCCGGUGCUCCCGCUCUCACAGCAUCCGUAUCAACUCCCGCCUUCGGUGCACCUGCCGUAGCAAAGUUCGGCUUUGGAUCGACCACAACUGCCGCCACCUCAGCUCCUUCGUUUGGCUCAACCAUUACGACUUCGGCGGCCCCUUCCUUCGGCGGUGGAUUCCCAGCAUCAGCCCCGCCAACAACGGCACCACCGCCGUUCGGCAGCGUCUCGAGCAGCUCUACCACUUCCGUCACUUCGCCACCUUCCUCGGGCAUAUUUGGCGGUGGGGUGGCUAGCAAACCUGCCUUCGGCCAACCGGCGGCAACCAAUUCCAGUUUCUCCUUUGGUGCUGCCGCUUCGCAACAGCCCACCAGCACAACUAGUGCCGGUGCAUUUUCCUUUGGGGCGGUAGCACCGACGGCUACCACGGCAGCUCCGACGACGACUAGCAACAUCUUUGGAAGUGGUGGAAGCAGCAAUACGGCAGCCAGCUUCGGUGCAGCUCCUUCCUUCACCAACCAUCAGGUCCAGGCGUUUGGCAACGCUAAUUCUGGCAAUCCACCCGCUUUCGGGGCUUCCAAUAGUGGUACGGCUCCGGUAGCACCGACAGCAAGUGGUUUCGGAGCAACGCCGGUAUUUGGUGCCGCUUCCAGUUCGCCAGCAGUUCCGGCUAAUGCGAGCUCCGUCUUUGGCGCAUCCUCAACGGUCACAUCCCCGUUUGGCGGGAUCACUUCGGCAUCGGCACCAACUGGCAACAUAUUCGGUGCCCCCAGCUCUAACAAUAAUCAAUCCAACGUCACCUCAGGCUCAUCGCCGUUUUCGUUUGGAGCAUCUCCAGCGGCUCCAACAAACUCAGCAGCAACAUCUUUGGCACCGACGGCAAAUAAAUCGUUCUCCUUUGGAGGAAUCGGAAGCACCAGCAACAACAUUACGUCAACUUCCGCCGCAAACCCUGUCAACAGUUUCGCCUUUUCGGCAGGAUCGAACUCAUCCGCACCGGCUCCAGCGGCACCGGCGGCAUCCGCUUUCAGCUUUUCGAACACAAACAACAAUAACAACAACAAUAAUAGCUGCAUGGCGCCUCCACCGGCUUUCGGGAGUACCGGAAACUCUUCUUUCUCCUUUAACGCCAGUAACACCAGUAGCAGCAAUACAGCUACCGUCAAACCGUUCUCCUUUGGAACACCCGCUCAACCGACGACGGCCGCGCCAGCCGCUUCUGGCGGAGGACUUUUCGGAGCCGGUGCAACAUCACCUCCGCCGGCGUUCAACUUUUCUGCUGGUUCGAAUGCCAUCGCAGUUGGCAACACUGGUAGCGGUGGACCUGCCGCAUUCUCGUUCGCCGGUGCAAAUCCGGCAGCUGCAGCCGGAGGCCCUUUCGGAAUGUCCAACGGAGCCGGGGCGCCGAUGUUCAGCAUAGGAACCGGAGGUGGCGCCAAUGUACCACCCGGUCGAAGACCCAUCCGGACGGCCACACGGCGCCUCAAGUGAAAAUGGGCCUCCACGGUGAGUGACGGCUUAGAUAUGUAUUGAUACUUGUUUCGGCUUAUUUGUAUUUGUGUAUAAUAGGUACGGUAUUCUGAAUCCAGUUGUUUAUUAUUAUUUUUUUUGAAAUUAUUGCAUAAUGCAAGAAAUUCUGUCUGUUUUUCUUGACGUGAAAAAUCUGUUAGUCUAAACUUAUGGAACAUAUUCUGCUAAAACAAGGUGACGAUUGUGUGUUCGUCGGUCAUGUAAUAAACUAUGCAACUAGGUGAUAUAUUUAAUUGAAACUUGUUUUGCAGCGAA